AUGGUUGGGUUGGAGAUGAUUUUGGGGUUUGAUUGGUUGUCGAAGAAUCGGGUUUUGUUAGAUUACUUUGAACGGACAAUUCGGUUUAAGCCGGAAGGAGAAAAUGGAGUAGUGAUAGCUGAAGGUUACUACCUGAACUCGGUAAUGGUGCAUUGUAGUGGGGAAGAUUGUCAGGGUUACAUCUUGUUAACUGCUAAUGCUUCGGGCGAUGCCCAGAACUUAGAUCAGAUUCUGAUGGUUAGAGACUUUCCGGAGGUAUUCCCGGAGGAUAUUCCUGAAUUCCCACCUCAAAGGGAGAUUGAAUUUGAGAUUGAAUUGGUGCCGGGAGCCGGAUCAGUGUCAAUUGUGCCUUAUAGGAUGGCUCCGAUAGAGCUGGCCGAGUUAAAGGCUCAGUUGGAGGAGCUUCUGAACAAGAGGAUAGAUGACUUGAUGGAUCAAUUGCAAGGAUCUGGGGUGUUUUCCAAAAUUGAUUUGAGAUCCGAUUACCAUCAGAUAAGGGUAAAGGAGGAUGACAUCCCUAAGACCACAUUUAGGACGCGCUAUGGACACUAUGAGUUUGUGGUGAUGUCCUUUGGGUUAACGAAUGCACCUGCUGUUUUCAUGGAUUUCAUGAACAAAGUGUUUCGUCUCUUUUUGGACAAAUUCAUGGUGAUUUUCAUAGACGACAUCUUAGUUUAUUCCAAGACAGUGAAGGAGCCUGAGGAACACUUGAGGAUUGUGUUGCAAAUCCUAAAGGAGAGAAAGUUAUAUUCUAAGUUGUCAAAGUGUAAAUUUUGGAAGGAGGAAGUGAAAUUCCUAAGUCACGUGGUGAGCAAGGGAGGAAUAGUCGUAGAUCAUUCUAAGGUAGAAGCGGUGAUGGAAUGGGAAAGACCAACGACGGUGACGGAAGUUAGAAGUUUCGUAGGCUUAGCCGGAUAUUACCGGAGAUUCAUUGAAGGAUUUCCCAAGAUUGCACUACCAAUGACCAAGUUGACAGGAAAGGAAGUGCCAUUUGUGUGGACGUCGGAGUGCAAAGAUAGUUUUCAGACUUUGAAGCAAAAGCUAACUUCGGUGCCAAUUUUGAUUUUGCCGGAACUGCAUGAACCAUUUAAAGUGUAUUGUGACGCUUCCUUAAAGGAUUUGGGUUGUGUGUUAAUGCAACAUCGGAAUAAAGAACUAAAUAUGCGUCAGAAGAGGUGGAUGGAGUUGCUAAAGGAUUAUGAUUUUGAACUGAGUUAUCAUCCUGGAAAGUCAAAUGUGGUAGCAAACGCAUUAAGUCGAAAGUCCUUGACAAUUUCUUGGAUGAGAAUUAUGGAGGAGGAGUUAGUGGAUAAGUUUGUGGAUCUUAAGUUGGAUAUUGGUGAAGUCACCGGAAGAUCUUGUUUGAAUCAGUUGAAAUUUCAAGUUUUGGGGAGCUUUCCAAAGAGCUUUCGGUACGAAGCUAUGUCUCAGUACCGCAUAUCAUCCACAAAUGGAUGGACAGUUGGAGAGGACUAUUCAGACGUUGAAAGAUAUGCUGAGAGCAUGUAUUUGAUAGCAGAGACUACUGAGAACAUUAAGAAGAUUCGUGCAAGGAUCCUAACUGCUCAGAGUCAACAAAAGAGUUAUGCAGAUCAGAGAAGAAAAUCGAUAGAAUUUGAAGUGGGAGAACAUGUAUUCCCGAGGGUUACACCGACAAUUAGGAUUGGAAGAGCGAUUAAGACCAAGAAGUUGAAUCCGAGGUUUAUUGGACCGUUUGAGAUUCUAAGGCAAUUCGGGCCGGUGGCAUAUCAAGUAGCUUUGACACCUCAUCUGUCUAACUUGCAUGACGAACGGCGGCUGGAUCUCACCUGUCGAGGUAGCGGUGGCAGCGUAAGGGCGGUGGUUCGUCUCGCUUGCGUUGAGAUGAGAGCUAUUGUUGUAUGUUCGGCUCAAGCUGAGCUUUAUGCAACCUCGACUGGGAUCAUUGCAUCUGCACCCUAG